UAAACCAGUGGGCUGAAGGUGGUCGCUAUCCGAUCCGGUGUCACGGUUUGCACAUUUACCACAUUUUCAGUCGGAAUAUCCUAAAUCAAUCUCUCUCUCUCUCUCCCUCCCUCCCUCCCUCCCCAUGGACGCAGUUACCUUCUCAACUCCACUCUCUUUAUAUUCACCUCUAUUCAACCACCGCCACUCUCUCUCUAAACCGCCACACGCAUUCCCUUUCCAUCUACCCAGAAAAUUCCCAACCUUAACCCUCAAAUACUCCCUUAAUUCUCACUUACCCACUUAUUCAACUCAAAAUUCAAGUGCCCCAUCUGAGGACUCGCUCUUGCUCCACCUCUCUGCGUCGGCACCGCAGACUCCUGCCACCGCAAUGCGCGGGGCCGAGACUGACGCCAUGGGUUUGUUGCUCAAGGAGAGGAUUGUUUUCUUGGGAAAUCAGAUUGAUGAUUUUCUUGCUGAUGCAAUUAUCAGCCAGCUGCUCUUGCUUGAUGCUCAGGACCCCACUAAGGACAUUCGACUUUUCGUCAAUUCCCCCGGUGGCUCCCUCAGGUAUGUAGGUUUUGUUAUCAAUUGUCUUGUUUAAUUUAGUGCCAUAAUU